UGUGGUGUGGUUGAAGGUUUCUACGGGAAACCAUGGACGAACGAGCAACGGAAAGACCUUUUUGUCAAGAUGAGAGCUUGGAACAUGAACACCUAUAUGUACGCACCGAAGGACGAUACGAAGCAUCGACUGUAUUGGAGGGAUCUGUACACCGUCGAAGAAGUAGAGGAGCUGCAAUCUCUGGUGGCCGCCGCCAAGGAGAACGAUAUCGAGUUCUAUUACGCGCUAUCUCCCGGUCUUGACAUGAUGUACAGCAGUCCGAAAGAAGUUGCGACGCUCAAGAGAAAACUCGAACAGAUCGCUUCCUUCGGGGUGAAGGCGUUCGCUCUGUUGUUCGACGACAUCGAGCCGGAGAUCGGUGAAGCCGACAAGGAAGUCUUCCAAACAUUCGCCCAAGCUCAUGUCUCUGUCACCAACGAAGUCUUCCAAGCUCUGGGCCAACUCAAGUUUCUUUUCUGCCCCACGGAGUACUGCGCUUCAAGAGCUGUUCCCAACGUGCAGAACUCAGAAUAUCUCUCGACUAUCGGCCAGAAACUUCUUCCGGGGAUCGACGUGAUGUGGACUGGUGGCAAAGUUAUUUCGAAAACGAUCGGGCUCAAGUCGAUCCGAGAACUUCAAGAGGUGUUGCGAAGGCCGCCCGUUAUCUGGGAUAAUCUGCACGCGAACGAUUACGACCACAAACGAAUAUUCCUCGGACCUUACUCCGGAAGAUCUACGAGGCUGAUUCCGCACUUGAGGGGCGUCCUCACGAAUCCCAACUGUGAAUACGAGGCGAACUAUAUCGCAAUCCACACCUUGUCUCAAUGGAGCAAGUGCACGGCCGAUGCAUGCAAAAACGGUAACGUGAACAGCUGCGGGUCUUCUGGAACCCGCACGCUCGAAGCCACCGAGCUCACAGAAGAAGAGGAAGUACCUGCUCACCUCCCGAUGCACUCAUACCAUCCGCGAAGGGCCGUCCAAGUGGCGAUACAAGCGUGGCUCAGCGAAUUCAACGCAACAAAGAGCGCCUAUGGUCGUCUGAUAAAUACCGACAGCCUCAUGCCGUCUUCUGUGAAUCCGUUGAACCCAGAAACUGCCGAAGAGAUUUUCGCGCCGCCGUUGAGCUCUCAGCUUGUAAAUACAUUGGUCGGAACCGCGGUGAAACUCGAGCCGAUGGAUUGCAAUCCCACGCCGCCUCAAAGUGCCAGUCCUUCUCGAGAGGACGAACUCAUCAAUGAAGACCCCGUAAAGGUCGAAGAAGACAUGCAGACCGAGGAAUCCACCGCUGACAGUACGUCCGAAGAUCUCUCCAUCGCCGAGGAUCCCAAAGGCCCACUCACGGCUUCUGAAAUAUCUCUCCUGGUAGAUCUCUUCUACCUCCCAUUCGAGCACGGUCGGCAAGGCGCUGAAUUUCUUCACGAUUUUGCCUGGCUGAAAUUGAAUGCUCAUUAUGUAGCCACAAAACGUAACAACACGGAAUUAGACGAAUGGUAUCGACGAGCCACGAAAUUCGAUCACAUGACACAGCGAGUGAAUCGCCUAUCUGAGAAGCUAAUGUUUAUUUCGAAUCGAUCUCUUCUCUACGAUUUGAAUCCUUACGUCUGGGACAUCAAAGGAGUGAUAUCGCUCAUCAACUCUUAUAUUAAAUGGAUAGGAUAUUCAAAAGGUUGGCCCACUUUCCGCUCUAGUAUUCCUUCUCAAGGGAUCUCUAACACGAUCAACUUGGAUUCAGGUUACGGGAAGCAAGCUUUCCUCCCCGGAGAACAAGAGCCGUGGAUAUUCCAGGGAGGUCUCAUAGCGGAGCUCCAGAGACUGUUGCCGUUGGAAAGCGUGAACGAUCUUUUCCUCUACAAAGCACCGGACACGCCGAACAGCAAAACGUAUUCCAUCAGACCAUACGCAGCCGCUGACGAGGAGGCGGUGUAUAUGGUGUGUAAUAAGACAUGCAUCGAUGGAGAGGAUGGAACCAUGGAGUUCGAAGGCUAUCCGAAUCUGAUCGCAGAUAAGACGAUUGGCGGUUUCCUCGCCUUAAGCAGUGAAUUCAGUUUCGUUGUUGAAGAUGAACAGAGAAUCGUUGGGUACGCGUUGGCUUCAGUGAACGCGGUCGAGUUUUUCAAGCGUUUGGAAAUCGCUUGGAACAUGGAGUUGAAAGAAAAGUAUCCGCUGGAGGAAGGCGACAAAGAUUCAAAUCAGUCCAAAGCGGGCGAAAUCAUCUCAAGUUUCCAUUCAACGACGUCGUCAUCGUGGACGGCGUACCCACAAUAUCCCUCGGUUCUCGUGAUGGCUCUCCUCCCUCAUAUCGAUGACUGCUCACUGCCAAAGAGGCUCCUAGCCUGUGUUAUCGCAGCCCUGAAAGCCAACGGAAGUCACGGAGUUCAUGUCAAGAUGAACGUCAAUGAUACGAACAUGCAGAACUUCUACGCAAGACUUGGUUUUCAUGAGAUCUGCAAAGAGGACGAGGAAAUCAUUCUUGGUCGUACAUUUUGAGCUUUUCGAUGAGCCGUUUUCAGGACAGAGCCAGUCCGAGAACGCGGGGCACUCCUUGACUUCUGAUCUUUCUAUGAACUAGACCUGAACAAUGCCCUUGCUGGCAUUGUGAUUUUUUUUCGAUUCCCCUGGACUUCCACUAUGUGGGAGCGAACCUCGAAGCAUUCGACGCAAAGAAUUGGUGCUUCGAUGCACGUUCCCCGAAUCGCAUCCGUUCUCCAGUUUCCGAUCCUCGGCGGUUUCGGAGACAUCCCAGACAGUGGAGCUGUCUGCGACACCGUCAAGUUCAAUAAUUCACCAAGUCGACCAGUGAACAUUUGUACAACCGAUGUAGUAUGCUGAGGGUCGGUUCGUGAAUCGAUCCGGAGGAGAGGGCGCUCGGAAGGGACCCGCCUACCCGCCUCGCGACCAUCCGCCAAGGGGCUCAUCUUCUUGGCGGAAAAUCUACUUUAUCUAUUGAGGAGCAUUCGAAGGCAAGCGGGAGGUUCCCUCUCUCCGCGAUCAAAUCGGACUUGUCCCGGAAGAUGUCCAUGGGUAUGCCUUUCGUAUGUCGUGCGAGCCGAAUCUCAGACUCGAGUGGGACUGCGUUCCGUGGCGUUGGAGUUGAAUAACGACUACAGGAUGGACAGAGAGACCAAUAAAAUGAAGUGUUCAUGGAGCGACUA